GAGAGUUUUUGCCCUACGUUAUUUAUUUGAGAACAGGUUCGUGUCUCACGGCAGUAUUUUCAUCAUUCUUGUUCGGAUCGUUGAGUUGAUCACAGCAAUUUUGCUUCAUCAGUGCAAGCAAAUUUUAUCCUAAUAGAAUGGCAGUAAAAAUUCUAGUUUCAUGUUUCGCAAUUUUGGCUCUUCUUGCCACGAUCGACGCUGCCUCUUCCGGUCAGUGUCCACUCGCGUCUAAAGUACAAACAUGUUCUCCCAAGUGUUUGAGCGACCUGGAUUGUAGCACUAGUGGCGGAAAAUGUUGCCCUAAUUCAUGUAACUACAAAUCUUGCGUAAGUCCCAAUCAGCUGGUUCAGGGAUCGACUGGGAACAAGGGACAAUCAUCUGGUUCCGGCUCGUACUGUGGUAACACCAAAUGCAAUUCAUAUGAGACAUGUCAGUUGGAUAAAACCACCAAACGUCAGAAGUGUGUUCGAUCAUAAACAUUUAUUCAACGUAUUCCGGUUUUGAUACAUUACAUAAAACACAUUAAACUAGAACUAGUUAUUUUCAA